CUACGGAAGUGGGAGCACGCCGUCCCCGCUGCCCCAGCUUGUUGGACUUUGCCGCGAGUUGGGAAGCGGUCACACUUUGCUAUUUCCGGCACUAAGAAUCGAGAAAAAGGAACGGAAAAAAAAUUCCAAGUCCCGGCAACUGACCUUUCCGCGUCAUAGACACCCCAGCGUGCUCCAAGUGCGCAAGCGCUGUAGCGGGCCGCGCGCCAGGGCCGAGACGGGGAAACAGGUCCGGGGGCAGGUCUCGUGCUGUGGAUCCGGGGCGGGACCGGAAGCAGGAGGCGGAAACCCAGUCCCGCAGCCGCGGCCCAGUCAUGGCGAUUUUCAGUGUGUACGUGGUGAACAAAGCUGGCGGCCUCAUUUACCAGUUGGACAGCUACGCGCCUCGGGCUGAGGCUGAGAAGACCUUCAGUUACCCGCUUGAUCUGCUGCUCAAGCUACACGACGAGCGCGUGCUGGUUGCCUUCGGCCAGCGCGACGGCAUCCGGGUGGGCCACGCAGUGCUGGCCAUCAACGGUGUGGACGUGAACGGCAAGUACACGGCGGAUGGGAAAGAGGUGCUGGAGUACCUGGGCAACCCUGCUAACUACCCGGUGUCCAUUCGAUUUGGCCGGCCUCGCCUCACCUCCAAUGAGAAGCUCAUGCUGGCCUCCAUGUUCCACUCGCUGUUCGCAAUCGGCUCCCAGCUGUCUCCCGAACAGGGCAGCUCAGGCAUUGAGAUGCUGGAGACAGACACAUUCAAACUGCACUGCUUCCAGACACUGACAGGAAUCAAGUUUGUGGUGCUGGCGGAUCCUAGGCAGGCUGGGAUAGAUUCUCUUCUACGAAAGAUUUAUGAGAUUUACUCAGACUUUGCCCUGAAGAAUCCGUUUUACUCCCUGGAGAUGCCCAUCAGGUGUGAGCUGUUUGACCAGAACCUGAAGUUAGCCCUGGAGGUGGCAGAGAAGGCUGGAACUUUUGGACCUGGGUCAUAGGCUGAACCUGCAGUAGGCCCCUCAAAAUCUGAGACAUCCUGCUGCAGGGGUUGUGCUGUUUCCACUCGGAUAGAGGUCCCAGCAGCCUUGCUAGUGCACUUGAAAAUGGGAGGAUGCUGAGCCUGAACGUGUACUGAUCCCUGAGCCUUAAUACCAUGCUCUCUUCUCUCCUGUGUCUAUCAUGGUCCUACUUCCCAACUCUGUACAGAUUAUUUAUGGAGGAGGUAGGCCCAUAAAUUCUGUAAUAAACAUUCCUUUGAUCUCA